AUGUCCUACGCCGUCGAGUCAAAGAAACGAAAGUUCCACCGCGUCUUGGAAUCCAUAUCCAAGCCUGCGACUCCCGAAAAUGCCCCGAAAUCAUCAACCGCAACACCCGCGACAGUAAAAGACCGUCUACCAACCAACCUCUCCUCCAUCAAGAAGGUCCGCCUGAACAACAAUGACAAAGCAGACUUGACCUCAGUACGCAAUUCUCUGUCGAAUAUAUCCCGCUCCACAAAUCAUACAUCGUCUAUAUCCCCAAGCAAACGCCCGACUUUCGCCCCAUGGGAUCGUGACAUCUUUCUCGAGCGGCUCGAGACCUUUCGUCGCGUGGAUAGAUGGGCCACCAAACCUACCCCGAUCAAUGAGGUACAAUGGGCAAAGCGCGGUUGGGUAUGCAAGGAUACGUCGCGAGUGGGCUGUGUCAGCGGCUGUGGGGGCUCAGUGGUGGUGAAGUUACCGGACGAGAUUGACGAGCUUGAUGGAUACGAUGCGGACAAGGUUCAAGAGCGCAAGGAAGUUCGCGAGAGACUUGUUGAGGAAUAUGUAACAUUAUUGAAGGACGGUCACAAGGAAAACUGCCUUUGGCGGAAUAGGUCCUGCGACGACACCAUCCAACACCUGCCAUUGAACAAUACAGAUACGGCUAUAUCUGGUCUCCAGGCCCGAUAUUUGAAGCUGGUGGAUAUGAAAGAUAAAUUACCGGCCGACGAAAACAUCCAAACGCCCGAGAGCUGUGACCUCGAUGGAAUAAUCAAACUACUUCCAGAAGACUGGUUCAAGAAUCCAGCAUCUUCCCCAGAGAGCGCGAACGAACAAAACACUACGGAUGGCGACGCUCAAGUCAACAACGACAAUCAGGGAUCAGUUCCAGCCCCAUCAAUCGACAGGCUACAAUUGAUCAACAAACGAGCGCUAGCAUUAUCCUUAUUCGGCUGGGAGUCGGUGGGCGAUGGGGCUGCUGGCUUAGUCUCAUGCAAGGCUUGCUUCCGUCGUCUGGGCCUCUGGAUGUACAAACCCAAGGACAACGGCGAUGUCACAGUCUAUAGCUCCUUGGACGUGUCACAAGAACACAUGGAAUACUGUCCAUGGAUUGACCCCAUCUCCCAGAGUGGCACUGGCAAGGCAAACGAGAGAAAGGAGAGCCUGCGCAGUGGUUGGGAAGUGGUCGCCGAGGCCGUCAAAGUCAAGAAUCGCCGGUACCUCCGUUCUGCAGCAUCUAUGGAUACACUUCGCAGCGAGGCCAACACGCCGACGCCCGAUGAUCCUCAUAAUGGCGGUGACGAAGAAAGCAAGAAGAAGGCUGAUCGUGAAUGGUGGGCCAGGCUCCGACGGAUCCGACAAUCAUUGACGACCAAGUCACCGCGCAAGACAGCUCCCGAGUAA